CACCCCUCCCCCGCCCUCCUCUUUCCGUGAUUGGCUACAGAACGACCAACCGGUGCCUCCCAUUGGCCAGUUUCUCUUGCACGGCCUGCGGAAUCAAUUCAAGAUGGCAGCCAAGUGCGGGUUGUGGUUUCCACGACUGUUAACAAGGAGGUUGCUGCAGGCCCGUGGCUUUCUACAACGUUCUGCACCCGGCCUGAGCAUAGGAGCGAGGACUUACACCCGGCGUGACUCUUCGUACUCGCGCACAGCGCUCUAUGAACUGCUUGGCAUCCCCUCCACAGCCACGCAGGCCCAAAUCAAGGCGGCUUACUACCGUCAGUGCUUUCUCUACCACCCGGACCGCAACUCCGGGAACGCCGAGGCUGCCGAGCGCUUCACUCGCAUCUCCGAGGCCUACGUGGUGCUGGGCAGUGCCACACUCCGUCGCAAGUAUGAUCGCGGCCUGCUCAGCGACGAGGACCUGCGCGGACCCGGCGUCCGGCCCUCCAGGACGCCCGCAGCCGACUCCGGCUCGCCGCGUCCCCCGCCGCCCACCUCUCGGACCCACGACGGUUCUUGGACCGCCUCUGACGCCAACCGCACGAAGUUCAACUUUGACGCCUUCUACCAGGCCCAUUACGGGGAACAGCUAGAGCGGGAACGGCGCCUGAGGGCCCGGCGGGAGGCUCUUCGCAAACGACGGGAAUAUCUGGCCCUGAACAGCAGUCCCUGGGAGGAGAUCCGAGAUACGGGUGUCGUUUUCUUCCUCUUCGGAAUCUUCAUCAUCAUUAUCAUUAUCAUCAUUGGCUUUUAUAUUUUUUAGUGGGAGAAAGGAAGGAAGGAGAGCGUCCCCAGCCAGCCCCCAGAAAACGGCCUUUUUUCCUGCCCCUGAACUCUUGGCCAUUGAUAGCCUACCUCAGCUGGGAUCCGAAGGAACUAUGCUCCCCAUCCCCUCCCGGACCCACCCAACAUAGCCGAUGACCUGCACAUCCCUUUCCUAUGGUCCAGAAAAGGAGGCCUUUAGAUGCGUAAGAAAGAGACCCCACGCUAAAGAGUCCCGAGAGCUCACGAGUGAAGGGUUCCUGGAGUCUCUAGGGUGCUUCUUCCAGAAGUUGCCUUCCUGCUUCCAGAUGUGGUUAACUUCUGUAACACUCGCUGUAGCUUUAUUGUAAAGCCCCGAGCAAGAUUUAUCUGCUCCUGCCCCGCGUGUGUACGGUGCGGCUCCUCUGUAACCUUGAAAUGUGCAAUGUGACCAUUUGUUGGCUGCCAAAAG